AUGUCUUGUAUUAUAUAGUUAACCUAUAGAGCUAAACGAUCCUUGUCAUUAAGUAUUUUUUUAAUUAACAAGAUCCCACUAGAUAAUUGCCUUAUAAGCUUGUAUUACCCAAAUUAUUUGUUGAAAAGUAAAGAACAAUAUCAAUGGAUAAUUGUCCUAAAAAUAAAAAAGCUGUUAUAAGUCCCUCUAAAGUUAUUACAUAAUCUCCAAAAAUAAUUGCUAAAUCAGUUAAAAUAUAGUUUAAUCAAUUGAAAUUAUCACAGUGUUCCAAAUAAUCAGUUAUUUUAGAAAGAUAAUAGUAUAAAAGUACAACUCAAAGAAAACUAAAAUCAUUACCAAUAAAUUCAAAUGAUUUUUGCUAUGCAGGAUUUGAAACUAAUGAAUCAGAUAAUGAAGAUUUCUCUUUAGAGGCAUAUCUUAAAAGAUAAUGA